UUAUCCAGUGCACAAUGUUCAUGGCUUGGAAGACAAAUGAGCAGUGCACACUCUUACCCAUGAAUCCUUGCAGAUGGCAUUUUCUGUUUUGCAUUAAAUUAACCUUAAGAGCCUUUUAAGAGAGUCAUUAGACUAGAGUGGAUGGAAGGCCGUGAUUGCAAGAGGUUGAAAAGUACUGCAUAGCAGCAUUUUGUCUGCUGCUCCUUAUUUAAUAUCCAAUGUUAUCAUCCCCUUCUAAUUAUUAUUCAGACGGCAUGUUUGAUGGCCCCUCUCUGUUCAAGUCCUCACCAAUCCCCAGAGGCCUCUUUGCAUUGAGGACUCGGAGAGAUGCGCCUCAUUGGUGCACAUGUGAAUCAGAGCACGCUAAGACUCAAAACACAGACAGACACACUGGAGGAUGCUUGAGUAACACACCGUGAUCAUGCCGGCUUGCCACCUAUCACAAUGACAUCCAAGUAUGGAUAUGGAUCUUACGGUUUUGGGUUCGAUGUGGCUCCGAUUAGUCACAUGUGUCUUGUUUCUUCUUCUGCAGUGGACAGAAAGUUUAACACUUCUCCAGACCUCAACGCUCUGCCUAGACGAGCCCUGCCAAAACAGGGCAGAGUGCAGGGAAGCCCCAUCUGACUUCCUGUGCCAGUGUCAGUGGCCUGCCCCAGUCCUGCCCGGCACGCGUUGCGAUUCUUCCAGUGCGCUCUGCCAACUGUCCAUCUGCCAGGGCAAUGCGACGUGUCAGCCCACCGGUGCCCACCUGGGGGAACUAGUUUGUCAGUGUGAGCCCGGCUUGUUGGAGCAGGACUGUCAUUCCAGUGCCCAGCUCUGCGCUCAGGGGCUGUGUGGGGACAGUGCCCAAUGUCUAGCAGUGCAAGACAGGAACCCGGGGUAUGCAUGCAUCUGUGAGGAGGGUUACACCGGGAGUUUUUGUGAGAAAAAGGUAGACCAUUGCUCCCCCAACCCCUGCCAUAACCGUGCCAUCUGCCGCAGCAGAAGGGAAGGCCCCACCUGCUUCUGCGUGCCGGGAUUCCAGGGUAAACACUGCGAGAUCGAGGUGAAUGAGUGCGUGUCGUGGCCCUGCAGGAACGGAGCCACCUGUCAAGACAAGAUAGGGCACUUCAUCUGUCUCUGCAGGCCAGGAUACACGGGUAGCAGCUGUGAGGUUCAGAUUGAUGAGUGUCAAUCACAGCCUUGUCUCCACGGCGGCAGUUGCCAUGACCACAUCAAUGGCUUCUCCUGCACCUGCCUGGCGGGCUUCCAGGGGGAGCGCUGUGAAACCAACAUCGAUGAAUGCAGCGACCAGCCAUGCCAAAAUGGGGCUCUGUGUGUGGAUGAAAUAAACAGCUACCGCUGUGACUGCUCACGAACUAACUUCACUGGUGUUCACUGUGAGAUCCCGCCUCCUCCCUGCUGGGCUCAACCCUGCCUCAACGGGGCCCUCUGUGAGGAUGGAAAUGGCAACUACACCUGCAACUGCUGGCCAGGUUUCAAGGGUCGUAACUGUGAGACAGACGUCAGUGAGUGUGAUAGCAGUCCCUGUGUGAAUCAAGGCACUUGCAUUGAGUUCUCUUGGAAACCUCUUUAUGGCAAAGAGUCUCUGCUUCCUACUCAUUACAACCCCAGGCAUGCUUCCGGCUUCAUCUGCAAGUGUCCACCACGAUUUUCAGGUGCCUUGUGCGAGCAAAAUACUACUGCUUGUACAACCAACCCGUGUCACAACAGAGCCACAUGUGAAGACUUCCUGGGCAGCUACAAGUGCAUCUGCCUGUCUGAAAGCCAAGAGGGAGUUCUCUAUGGUGGACGCAAUUGUAGUGAGCCCCUGGUGGGUUGCGAGGGCCACGAGUGCCAGAAUGGGGCGGCCUGCAUGCCCUUCCUGAGCCAAGGUGUACAUGGCUACAGUUGCAUCUGUCAGCCGGGCUCCACCGGUUCUUACUGCCAGACACCCACCGUAUUCUCCUUCGAGACAGUUGGAGGAUUCCUGCACCUGCAGACCCCGCUGCUGGGUGCGGAAGCAUAUUUUAAUAUCACGCUAAGCUUUCGCACAGUACUGAAGAACACAGUGCUCUUUCGGAGGGGCAGCGAAGGGGUCACCCUAAGCCUGGAGCUGCAGGAGACACACCUGCUUCUUGAUCUUAGGAGUGACCCCCAGCCAGACUCAACCAGCUGGACUCUGACACUGCCUAAGGAUGUAUCUGAUGGCGAAUGGCACACGGUAGAGGCCGUGCUUGGCGAGGGUACCCUGCUGCUACAACUACUGGAGCCAUGCCAGGAUGGAGAUAACUGUGGUGCAACAGCCCAAGUGGAGAUCGGUGCCCUUGAGCUGGAGUCAGCCCUGCAAAGCACCUUUGUUGGAGGCUCGAAUGAAGGAGGGGGCUCUGGCUCAUUCAUUGGCUGCAUGAGAGACUUGUUUGUGGACUCGCAGCUGAUGGUACCGGAGGAUUGGUUGAGCAGCUCAGUAGUAAAUGUCCUGCAAGGCUGUAGCCAUCAUGACAGAUGCCUUUCCGGUCCAUGCGAGAACCGUGGAAGGUGUGUUAACCUUUGGCAAGGUUACCAGUGCUCAUGUCUGCGACCGUAUGUGGGACAAAACUGUGCUGAGGAGUACAUCACUGCGAGAUUUGGCCAGGAAGACUCUGCAAGCUACGCUGUCUUCACCAUCACCGAACAACUGGAAACAGACGCACUUUAUCUAUCCAUGUUCUUGCGUACACGGAAGGAGUCUGGUCUUUUGGUACUGUUUGCCAACAGCACCACUGAGUACUUGCAGAUGUGGCUGGAAAAGGGAAAACUCAUAGUACAAGUCAACAACUUGACGACUUUAAUGGGUAGAACUGUGGUUAAUGAUGGUGAGAUCCAUUUUGUCAGCAUCACCAUUAAGGAGGGCACGAUGACUCUGCAGGAGUCAGAUCACGAAUUAGGUGCAAUGAAUGUUCAACCUGUUUCCGUUCAGUUUGAGGAUGUGGUCUAUGUUGGCGGACUGCUUGAUGGGCAAGAGACAUCAGCCUUCGGUGGCUAUUUUAAAGGGUGCUUACAAGACUUGCAGCUCAAUGGGAGGAAGCUAGAAUUCUUCCCACUUGAUGCUUCUGUGUUGUCAUACAGACCUGACCGCAUGGUGGACAUUACCGCAGGCUGCACCAGUGAUGACUCUUGCUCUAAAAACCCUUGCCAGAAUGGUGGCAUGUGCUUCUCUCUAUGGGACGACUUCACAUGCAGAUGCCCUCCUAGCACAGCAGGGCAGCACUGUGAGGAGGUGAGUUGGUGUGAGCUCACCCCCUGCCCACCACAAGCAACAUGCCGGACCCUCAACCAGGGCUAUGAAUGCAUUUCUAAUGUCACUUUUCAAGACAACACCACUCUUGUAUACCAUGGGAAUGGGCUGAUCUCCCGCCACCUGACAAGCAUUGUUUUCAGUAUCCGAACACGUAAACGCAAUGCGGCAGUGUUACAUGCAGAGAGUGAGUCUGACUUUGUUACGGUAUCCAUUCAAGAUGGCUUUCUGAUGCUAGAACUUCUAAGUGGACCUUCUUCCUCGUCAACUUUGACACCGGUAACUCUGCGCAGCCCAAGGCCAGUGGCCGAUGGAGAGUGGCAUGCAGUAGAGCUGUUAAUGGCCAGUCCCUGGGCUAACAGCUCCCAGUGGAUCAUGGUCCCUCUUGAUGAAAAGGACGAGCCUACUACAUCUGACUCCAUGACCGGAAAUCUAGACUUCCUUCGAGAAGGUGUCGAUAUCCUUCUAGGAGGACUUGGUCCAGAGUCUGGAUGGAAUCUGAUUAGUUGUCUGAGUAAUGUUGAAAUCGGUGGUAUUGUGCUUCCAUAUUAUAGUCCUGCCGAGGUGAGAUUCCCACGUACACAGGAAGAGAAGUUCAAUAAGGUAUCGCAGGAACCUGUCCAAACUGGCUGUGUUGGUGAGGUGGUGUGUGAACCCAACCCCUGCUUGCACGGGGGAAUCUGUGACGAUCACUUCAACCUUGUCCAAUGCUUCUGUCUACCUGGCUGGGGCGGUGAUCGCUGCGAGCUGAAUACAAACACAUGUGCCUCCAACCCCUGUCAACACGGAUACUGCAGUGUGCAGGACCUUUCAUACAGCUGCACAUGUGAGAGUGGCUACACCGGCACCAACUGUGAGGUUAAAGUGGACUUAUGUGCCGGUCACAAGUGUGCUAACGGCGGGACCUGCUUGCAUGGCUUCAACAACUAUUCCUGCCUCUGUCCCGAUAGGUUUACUGGGCAAUAUUGCAACACUCCGACUGAAGAGGCUCCGUGGUACGUAGUUGUCAGGAGAGUACCGCCCAAGCUCCCGGUGUCCAUCUGCGGUGAUGAACAGCAGAACUACACUUGUUUCAACGGGGGGAACUGUUCUGACACCAACAUGAUGUGUGACUGCCUCCCCGGGUUUUCGGGUCACUGGUGCGAACUAGAUCUCGAUGAAUGUAGAUCCAACCCUUGCUUGAAUGGCGGCUACUGCCAGAACAUGGUCAACAAGUUCCAGUGUGUCUGUGAAAUGACCUUCGCCGGCGAGACCUGUGAAAUCGAUCUGAAUGCAGAGAACGUGUCGUCUGACCUGUUGCUGUCCAUCAUCCUGGUGUCCGUGGUUCUGUUGCUGGUUCUUUUUGGCGUGGCCACAGCUUUGGUCAUCACGCAGAACCGACGGGCCACCCGGGGCACUUACAGCCCCAGUCGACUGGAGAAGGAAGGUUCAAGAGUGGAGAUGUGGAACAUCGUGCAGCCUCCACCAAUGGAGAGACUCAUCUGAGCCGAUCAACCAGUGCUCAGUCAGUCAUGCUGUUCGUGGCUUGUUGGUUUUACAAGAAGGAAGUAGAGCUUUUUAUUCAUUUAUCAUGUGGCAGCUAUCAUCCGCUAGCUCAGGGCUGGGCAAAUUCGUUCCUGGAGAGCCACUGUCCUGAGCUUAGCUCCAAUCAAACACCUGAACAAGUGAAUCAAGGUUUUUUAAGAUCACUAGAAAGCUACAGGCAGGUGUGUUUGAUUAGAGUUGGAGCUAAACUCUGCAGGACAGUGGCCCUUCAGGACCGAAGUUGCCCUGAGCUAGAUAUUAGACUUAUAAAUUAUCAUUUUGGUUGGACAAUCUUCCUCAUAAUGGAUGCUUGAUUAAAAUAAUAUGUGAUGAACACCUCCGAAAAGCUUUGUUUUAUUUAUUGGGGUAUUGUGAAGCGUUUUUAAUCAAGAUAAUGCUGCACAACAAUCACGGCUUAUAGAGGUCGGGCCAAUGUGAUUUCAUAGGUUCAGGACAUGGAAAAAACUCAUUCGUUUUUUUUUUUAAACAAACCUGGUCAGAACGUGUCAAGGUCUUAUAUUUUUGAUUAUAAAAGUAACAUUUGCAGAAAAAAAAAUAUAAGUAUGCGAACACUUUUGGGGCAUUUAACGAGUAUUUCCGAUUUCUUUAUAUUUUUACUGUGAAUAUGCGUAAAAGUUUCGCGUAAGAGUCUCAGGAUUGUGUUUUUUUUUUUUUUUUAAAUGUCGUCACUUUAGUUCUGUAAUAAAAAGGCUCAAAUUUUUUAAAUACAGUUGAUUUUGAUCAAUUAUUAACACUUUGAUGCUGUUGUUCUGUCAAGAAAAUUGUGCAAAUGGUUUGUGUCAAUUUUAAAAACAAUAGCUUUACCGAUCACCUGAUUAUUGUUUUUUUAUAAUGCUUUGCAAUACUUUAAGCUGAAGUGAACAUUCAGUGGAUAAACACAGGUGAGUUGAAUGGACGUUUAUUAUUUAUUACAGUUCAUAGUGCAUACAUUGGUACCAGUAGUUCCUGUUAUAACACAUCAGACCGACCUAAUUUGUGCAUGAAAACGAUAUAACUGCACAGAGAGCACGCGGCAGAAUUCAUCCAGCAUCAUUCACUCAAAAGCACUUCAACUUACAAACUGAACUUAUCACCUGGUGAUUCCAUAUGUACGUACCAGCAAACAUGAAGCAUGAUUGGUGUUUAUCAUUACAGUAAAUUGAAUAAAAUCAGCUAUACAGACUUUGUGUAACAAGGGCAUGUUACGUUGAGUUGAACAUUCAGAA